AUGAGUGAGGCGGAUAAGGAGGAGGAUGGGGGGUGCGGAUUAGGCUCAUUAUAUGAACCAAGAUCUAAAAUGGAAGAGAAGAGGAGGAGGGAGAGGGGGGCAGCAGCAUCAGUAUCAGUAGCAUUAGUACCAAUAACAACAAUCUCUGCAUCACCAGCAGCAGCAGCAGCAACAACAACAACAACAACAACACUUCCAACAGUCUACCAACGAUUAAUUGGCGACCGUGUUAAACCAACAUUCCCAUUAAGACAAGUGCAACGCAUUAGAAAUAAAACGUCAUUCCUGUUGAGAAGACAUACAAAUGGCGACGAAGUACUACAAGCAGAGGUUCUAAGAAGUUUGAGCAUGUCUAAACAUGGAAGAGGUAUCAAGACAACUCUCGACCCCAAAGGAGAAAAGAUCAACAAAGAUGGUACAGUUUUUAUGUCACCAAGAGAUUUUAGUUGUAUCAACAUCAUUAGAAAGAUGCACAAGGAAGCAAAAGAUGGAAAAAAGAAUUAUUAUAAAGCGACACAUAAGCAACUAAGAGAUUUUGGGUUCAAAUUUGCAAAUGGAGCAUUCACAAACGCCAACAAACAUCAUGAUCAUCACAGAGUCAUAAGAAUAAGAACAAUACAAUUACAAUACAAUACUUAG